GUAUUAUGCUCGUAUACUCAAUAAAUUUAACUCUUACUUAUCCAAAGCUUAAAGAUAUUCAAUAAGCUUAAUAUGUCUCAAAUAAAUAUAAAAAACCAGCACAAAAGCAUGCUAAGUACAAACUCCACUCAAUUCCACUCUCCAAUAUCAGAAUUAAACACCUCGCCAACGAAAAUCUUUUGAGAUAAAAAACCAUUCACUUGCAUUCCACCGGCGAACAUUGGCGGCUCCGGCGACAACGCGGCGCUUGUUCGAUAGCUAUGGCGGCGUGAGGCGAUUUUAGGGUCCUGUGUAGUCAGCCAAGAGAAAGAACAAAAAGGGUUGAAAAAAUAUCUGCGUGAGGACAAAACCCCCUUUUUUUUCGCUCGCUCUAUUUCACUUUCCAUCAUCUCCACCGCCAUGGAUAUCAACAAUGAGAGGUCCACACUCACAGUAAACGUAGCCAACGUCCCGCCGUCCGCCACAGCCCAAGACCUUCGAACCUUCCUCGAGUCCAAAUUAGGCAAAGGCACAAUCUUCGCCCUCGAGAUUUUCGCCGAAUGCAAGAACUGGAAAUCCAGAGGCCAUGGCCGCGUCCAAUUCGAAGUCCCGGGAGCUAAAAAAGAAGCUCUGUCUCUAUCCGGCGAGCGAAAGCUUCUUUUUAAAGGGUUUUACCUCUCGAUUUCACAUUCUUUCAACGAUAUUAUUUUCCGACCGGUGGAGCCUAGGAACCGGGUUGGGGAUGGCGAUGGGCUGGUUUUACUUACUGGGAUAAUGGUAAGGAGUGAUUGCAUGGGGAUUUUGGAGUCGUGGGAUGGGGUUAAGCUGUGGGUUCAUCCUGAGAGGAAAAAGCUCGAGUUUAUUGUGGAUCAUGAUGGAGAGAGUUAUAAGCUGGAGGUGCAGUUUGGGGAUGUGAUUGAGACUAAAGGCUGUUGCUUGGAUGGUGAUGAUACUAAAGUUGAUGCAAUUCUUUUGACGCUUUCAAUGGAGUUGUCUUCUCAUUCAAUCUCUAUCUGGGUGUGUGGUGGGUCUUUAGUUGGUGGAAUUUGUCAAUUUUGUGCUGUGGCAUUUAGUUCUUGUGUUGUCAAUGCUCAAACACGCGCCGAAAAUAUUCAAAAAUUCUCCGGACCAAACAUCGCAUCAAAAUUCACACCCGACCGAUAUCACAUCUGCAAAGAAGACUUUGACCAUCUCUGGGUUCGAACAACCGAUUUCUCCAAAGUGAAGUCAAUCGGGCAUUUGACUUCACUUUGUUGGGAAAUCGAAGGCUCAUCAAGCUUAGAAACUUACACCUGUCCGUACUAUUCGAAAGACGUAAUGGAACUAUCUCUCGAAGAAUACCUAAAAUUCGAACACGUAUCUGAUUUAGUACCUAUCGUCACUAAUAAUUUAGCACUCCCAGUACCUUACGAGGUCCUUUUCCAGCUUAAUUCGCUCGUGCACACCCAAAAAACGAGCCUUACCUCUAUAGACACCCAACUUCUCGAGACCCUCUGCCAGUUAGACACAGACACCGCACUUCUAAUCCUCAAGAAAAUGCACAAACUGCACACCACUUGUUUCGAACCCAAAUUAUUCAUCGAAAGUCAAUCUUCUGUUACCCGACACAGAGGAAAAAAAAGUUUUACAUCGUCAAGUUCAAAGUCCUUAAACGCUCAGAACACGAUGAGCUGUCACCGGCUACUGGUGACCCCUUCCAGAAUCUUCUGCUUGGGCCCGGAACUCGAAUCCUCAAACCACAUUGUAAAAAAAUUCGCUUCGUAUGCUUCGGAUUUUCUGAGGGUCACUUUUGUAGAUGAGGAUUGGGGCAGGCUUUCGGCUCAUACUUUUUUAGCGUUUUCUGCUAGUCAACUCCGUUCGAACUUCGUCUGGAUGUUUGCCUCGAACGAGUACAUAAAUGCGGACGAUAUAAGAGAUUGGAUGGGCUGUUUUAAAAAGAUUCGAAGCAUAUCGAAAUGUGCUGCUCGAAUGGGACAACUGUUUAGCUCGUCCAUGCAAACUUUCGAAGUCCACCCAAGGGACAUUGACCGAAUACCCGAUAUUGAGAUAGUUUCUGAUGAUGCCGUAAAAUAUUGCUUUUCGGAUGGAAUCGGGAAAAUAUCUUACGCGUUUGCUAAGGAUAUUGUCCGAAAACUCGGUCUGACUCACGUACCAUCAGCUUUCCAAAUCCGAUACGGUGGAUAUAAAGGGGUGAUAGUCGUAAGCCGAAAUUCCUUCCGGAAGCUUGCUUUGAGAAGCAGCAUGCUGAAAUUUGAGUCGGAUAAUUGCAUGCUUAACGUUACGAAAUGGAGCGAGUCUCAGUCUUGCUACUUGAACCGGGAGAUUAUUACGCUUUUGUCCACUGCCAAUUCUCUGAUUAUUGGGUCGUUCACAAAAUUAUAUCUACUACACCUGUACCAAGGCCUGUUUCUCGUGCGCGGCCGUCGAGAUAGGCCACAAGGAGAGGAAAUGGUCAAUUUCUCCGAAUUUCGGAAGCCGGUAGAUAGACGCCGACAGAGCCAUCCAAUUCACAAACCUUUGAGGCACCUUCUUCAUUUUGUGAGCGGACCAACACUUGCAACUAUAGAACCUGCGCAUAUAGAAUCUGCACAAGAGAUUUUGGGGGAAAUGGCAACAAGUUUAUAUUCCCGAAUUCUCUCUGUUUUAGGUUGUCUGCAAGAACUGUUGGUGACUCUGAAAAAAAUCAGGCUAGAGCAGGGAGAUGAGGGAGUUCCUGGCACGACCACUAAAGACUAAACGCAAUUCUCUCUCUCAAACCAUCGAUCAUGUCCCUUUCUGCGAAACGAAAAUGAAACUCAUCUCUCACAUUAAUCCCCACUGCGAUAGUACUUUUCUGCAAUUUAGGGAUAUUGGUCUUCUAAACUCCAUCCACAAUUUAUGUUUACCAUAUUAGUGGAUCAAAGGUGAUUUCAAAUAGAGUUAUGCAUAGAGGCAGAAAAUAUCCCCGAUUUUCUCUUUGUCAAACCCUUGUAUCUUGUCGAUCCCAACUUCUGGUACACAUCAAGUGAGUUUGAAUCUCACAUGGAAAUGAAAAUAGAGAGGUGAUAUGAAAAAAUUGGUUGAAAAUGUAACAUUUCUGAAAGAAGGAAAAUAUCAUGUUACCAAAAGGGGUGGCUCAUUAUUAUCCUGCUAACUUCUUCAUUGUUAUAUGGUCUCCAAAUUUAGAGGCUUAAUUUGUUUAUUGAUUUACUUUUUUGUUUUAAAUUGUUUCACUACNAGUCGCUGAAGUAAUUGGACUUUGGACUUUACUGUCAAUUUGUCUUUUUGUGUAUUUGUGUU